AUGCCCGUCGCAGACAUGUUGCGUUUUUUCGGUGCCAAUAGAGCACGAGCACGAGCACGCCGACAAAAUGGUCUCAGGUACCAUGCUUCCGAAGCUGCCCUUCAAGAUAUCCUCAAGGAUACUCCAGGAAACCAAGAAGCGCAAACUCAAAACAAGAAGGAAACCAUGUCACGGCUUCCAAGCUUGGAAGGAGCAUCUCUGACCGACCGAACUGGCACAGACGCACUUCUGGACCAAGCAGACAAGCUGUUCAUCAACGCAAGUCAAGAGGUUUGGCACAGCCCGUCUGUUGAUCAAUUGGCAGAAUCUCUCCGCGCUGCUCUCAUGACAACCGAGACAAAUAAGCCACUGUCUGCCGAGUACCGUCCGCAUAUCCUGCUUCUGUGCGAGUUUUAUGGCACUCGGCACCUCAAAAUUGCCGAACUCGAAUCGCAGCUUGCGGAAGCAAAAGGAGAGUUGGAGAAGGAGAGAGAGCGUCACAAAUCCAUAGAAGAACAUUGGAUGGUUCAGGAUGCACGAUACAAAGCUGAAGUCAAACGUCUUGAGAUAUUUAUCCACGAUACAUCCGAUAAAGGCAUGGAAGCUGUGGUACUGGCUAGAGUAGGAAGCCUCAUCAGAAACAGGCCAAGUGAUACUGCAAAAGGGCGAAUGUCUACAGAUGCAAACCCCGACGACACUUGUCACGAAACCAUAGCCUCCGGUGCUACUUCCCAGAAAGCCAAUACAGAAACAGCACUCAACUCGACUUUGCCAGCACGACAGAACACGGUGUUAAUGCGUACACGAACUUUGGACCCUAGUAAUGAGGUCAGGCUGAGUCAAGCCUUUCGAAAGAUGGACAAAACGAAAGCCACCACCAGCGGCGCUCGCCGAACUGAGGCUCAACAUUUCGACCAUGAAAAGACACACCAUGAGCACCACCGAACAGGUCAACCUUCACAAAUUGAUUCUGUGCCUCAAAUUGGCCCAACUCCCCGUGACGCAGUCAAUAAACCGCCACAUGAAGACAGUCCCGAGAGAAAGCACAAUUCGACCGAGAAUGGAGCGUCACUGCAAGAGGCUGGUGUUGUCGGCCAGCCAAUCUGCGCUGCGACAACAAGUGCACAUGAUCAUGAGAAAGAGAAGCAGGAUAAAGUUUCAGAGAGCAAGCCCAGUCAAAGCACCGGCCAAGGAAAGACUCCGCAUCGUCGCCAGUUCUCGUUUGUGCCUGGAGACGAUAUAACAGUUAGACAGUCAGACUAUGCCAAGGAUACCAGAAACCAGCCGGUAGCUCAAACCGAGAACAGUCAGGAACCGUCAACUGGUCGGCAAACGGUUGACCACCGUCAAGAAAGCCGGAGGUCGAGAUCAGGAGAGUGGAUAUAG